ACCCAGUUUGCAGAAUUAGGUCUUUCCUCACCGAACCGGAAGUGACGGUGGUUUCAGAAACGUAGCCGAGCAGAGCAGCUGAGAAACUGAGAAGCAACCGAAAGACAGAGUAGUUAUGGAGGAAGAAGCCCGGAGAGAAGACCACCACCUCGACAGCUUCCUCGCCUGGGCCGCGGAGCUUGGAGUCACAGAUUCGCCCUGCAAUUCCAUGUCGCAGCAAAACUCGAAUCGCUGUUUGGGCAAUUCCCUCGUCGUCUCCCACUUCCCUGACGCCGGAGGAAGAGGUCUGGGCGCCGCCCGCGAUCUCAGGAAAGGAGAAUUGGUUCUCAGAGUCCCGAAAGCUGCUCUGUUCACGACGAUUCGUUUGUUGGGAGAUGACCCGAAGCUGUCAUCCGCCGUCAAUGGCCACCCUUCUCUGUCCCCGACCCAGGUUUUGGAAUUCUCUCUGCUGUGUAAAUAAAUCGAGCUUUUGGCUUUUUAUGGUGUUGUUAAAGUUCGGAACUUUGUUGCAGAGGCUGGGGGUAUGCUUGUUGCACGAAAUGGGUAAAGGCAGAGAUUCAUGGUGGUGGCCGUACUUGAAGCAAUUGCCCCGUGGAUAUGAUACAUUAGCAACUUUCAGUGAGUUCGAAAAGCAAGCUCUGCAAGUUGAUGACGCCGUGUGGACUGCUGAGAAGGCUAUAUUGAAGGCGAAAAUGGAAUGGAGACAAGCUAAGCUAGUAAUGGAACAGCUCCAAUUCAAGCCUAAAUUUCGAAGUUUCGGGGCGUGGACUUGGGUUUGUGCAACGAUAUCAUCGAGGACAAUGCAUGUAUCGUGGGAUGAAGCCGGGACUUUGUGUCCAGUUGGAGACUUCUUCAACUAUGCUGCUCCUGGGGAAGAAUCAAGUGGCCUUGACGGUGGUUGUCACACGAGUGAAUCAUUCCUAGAGGAUGGUCUUUUGGCUAAUGGGAUCGCUUCGGAUCAAUUAACCACCAAGGGGCUUAACUCGCAUUUGGAUUCGUUUGUUGAUGCUGGAUUUGAAGACCACCUUGCUGCUUAUUGCUUCUAUGCUAGGAGAGAUUAUAAGAAGGGCGAGCAGGUUCUCUUGGCCUAUGGAACAUACACAAAUCUGGACCUUCUUGAACACUACGGGUUUCUGCUAGCCAAAAAUCUGAAUGAAAAGGCAUUCAUCCCCUUGGAACCUGGAAUCCUUUCGUUAACUUCAUGGCCCCAAGACUCGAUAUAUCUCCAUGCAGAUGGGAAGCCAUCGUUUGCCUUGCUCUCUGCUUUGCGCUUCUACGUCAGCUCUCCACAGCAGCGGAGAUCCAUCUUGCACCUUGUGUAUUCUGGAUCGCAACUUUCAGAAGACAACGAGAUAAAUGCCUCGCGAUUGCUGUCCAAGAAGUGCCACGAGGUUCUGCAGUCACUCCCAACAACAACAGAAGAAGAUGAUCUGCUGCUGUCUGUUAUUGAAAGAAUCCAAGAUAUGAAUUGCCCUGUGGAGGUGGGGAAGUUGCUAUGCUCAUUCAGAGGUGAGAUUUCUGCUUUCCUGGAUGGGCACAAGGAUCUGCCAGCAGCGCACGACAAGAUUGUCGAGUUCUUACUGUCCAGUAGGGCCAAGAGUUCAUUAGGAAAGUGGAAAUUGGCCGUCCAGUGGAGGCGUGGUUAUAAGCAAAUCAUAGCUGAUUGCAUUUGUUUUUGUACUGAAGUGAUUGAGGGUUUCUCUCAUCAAAAUGAGGUGAACAUCCCUGAACCUUGAGUUACAUUUUUUAGUUGCAAGCAUCUCGACAUGAGAGGUCUUAAGAAAUAUAGAGUUCAAAGGGAGUGUAGUCGC